AAGAGUUUCGUCCCUUAGUGUGCUCUUUUAUAUUAGAGAACAAAAUAUUAAUUUACAGCGGGAACUAAAAAUGUAAACAAAGUUGCGAAGGGUGCGUUAUAGAGAAGAGAGAGGACAAUGAGGUUAACGUGUAGCGUGGAGAUCGUAAACAGACUUCUACCCUCACAUAAUUUAAAGAAACCAUCACAGAAAUCGCAUUCCCAGAUAUCAUUGGGUAAGAAACCUGGUUCAAGUGGUAAAGAUGGAAUCUUGUUUCUCAUGAUCUGUACGGCUAAAGAUAGAAAUGGAACUAAAAUUGUGGUAAAAGAUAACAUAGAACAGUUUUUUGCUAAGUUUAUAAAUGAAGGUAAAGCUACAGUACGAAUCAAAGAACCUCAACAUGAUAUAUGUAUUAGUAAGGCUGAUCCAUUACAGUUAAAGAAUUUCCUGAAUUUACUUCGGGCCGCAAGUCAAGGCAAUGAUCUGGAAAGGAUAACUCUGUCAGCACUGGCACCGGCAUCGGCUCGUAAUGUCGAAAAACCUAAAUCCAAAAUGGUGGUCCUCACGAGAAAAGAGUAUCCAAUAACGACCAAUUUUCCUUCUAGUUUGGUCCAUUUACAAGUUUCAUCGUGCAACAUGAAGCGAGUUGAUUCUAGGAUCCUUGAUCUGAAAAAAUUACAAGUUCUGGAUCUGAAUGAAAAUUUGAUUCAAGAUUUGCCAGAAAAAUUUAAUAAAAUGCUGCAACUUAAUACAGUGAAAUUUUCUCAUAAUAAAUUCAUGAAAUUUCCCCUGCAGCUGUGUAGAGUGCCGUUAAGCGAUAAUUUAGUUAGUGUGGACCUGAGCGACAAUCAACUCACCCGCAUACCUUUAGAACUUUGUGAAUUGAAGAGUUUGUUUUAUCUAAAGAUCGAUAGAAAUAAGAUUGAGUUGUUGCCGCCGACGAUCGGUAAAUUAAUCCGACUUAAACAGUUGUCAUGUGUGGAAAACCUGAUCAAAACUUUGCCAGCGAACUUUAACCGUCUGCAGUUAGAUGACCUUGAUCUGUAUGGUAACCCUUUAGACCUACCUGAAGCUGAUACAGUGAUUACCUCUCAUCUUGAAUUUCCAACCCUGUUAGAAGUUUCAGCUCGUGCCAUCAAGAAAAUGAGAAUUGCGUACAGUAACGAAGAAUUAUUUCCACAACUGUGUAACUAUUUAGAUUCGGCCCGACAAUGUUGGUGUGGUAAUUAUUGUUUCCGCUGUUCGGCAAGAUAUAUUCUACGUCUGGACCUGCAUCAAAUGGUAAAGAACGUGACAGGAUGGAAUGUGGUCGGACAAACGCUGGUCCCGGUUGAAGCCUUUCUCUGUUCUCAACACUGUCUUAAUAAAUUCCAGAAAAAUCCUAAAGCUUACUGGAAGAAAAAAUAAAAGGGACUGGAUGAUAGUUAUGUGAUGGUGGCGCUGGUCUGUUGAUGUCAGUGAUGGUGGCGCUGGUCUGUUGAUGUCAGUGAUGGUGGCGCUGGUCUGUUGAUGUCAGUGAUGGUGGCGCUGGUCUGUUGAUGGUUACAGUGAUGGUGGCGCUGGUCUGUUGAUGGUUACAGUGAUGGUGGCGCUGGUUUGUUGAUGUCAGGGGAUAAAGAAUGUAGUGAAACUUUUCAACACUGAUUGGAAUUAAACAGUUUCGUAUUACUGUAAUUAUUGGUAAUAAAUUAUUCUGCUGUUCUUA